AUGGUCACAUGCUUUACAAAGAGUGCUCAGAAAUGGGGUCUAGCUAACGAGAAAGUCGGCAAUUUCUAUCUCUCGUCGUGGCAGCACGGGGAUUCCCCGAUGCCCAUGCUAGUCGUGAGGGCGAUUAUGGCGUUUAUAGCGAGUCUGCCGUUUGUGGGUUCUAUAGUUGCAGACCCUACUCAUCAUUGGCUAACAUACCUAACUCAUUGGGGUAUUACUCUGGUCUUUUGCAUGACUAUAAGUGCAUUGAGUGUCUCUGUUGUCGCUACGCGAAGGAAGUUGCCGGAUGACUGCGAUGGUAAUCUACCCUGGUACGUGAGCCUGUAUUGGCUGAUGUACAAUGUGGCGUUAACAGCCGCUAUGUCGAUCACAUUUUUGUACUGGAAUUUUCUAUAUGUACCAAAGAACGAUGGUAAUGUAAAUAUGUUUUUACUGGACCUAGCAACACAUUGCUUUAAUGCCUGCAUAGUUUUCACUGAGUUCAUUGCUUGUCGGACUCCAUUACGCCUCCACCACAUCUACCAGCCAAUGACUGCUGCGUUCUGCUAUGCUUCAUUCACCGGCAUUUACUACGCAGCUGGCGGAGUUGAUCGGUUUGGCGAACCAUUUAUAUACAAGACCUUGGAUUGGCGACACCCAGCUGAAACCUUACCUAAAGUAGCUGGGUCACUGACUGUUCCUUGCAUCUUCUUUAUGCUAAUGUGCGGCCUCACACGAUUGAGGGACAAAAUAUCUAUUACAUUAAGACCUAAGAGUUUGAGAGUGAACGCAUUUGUCAUUUAA